CAAGGUGGUGACGUCAGCGUUACGAGCUCUAUAGACGUCUCCGUAUUUAUUUACAACUUCCUGUUCCUUUUGGCUUUCGAUUUUCCGUUCAGCUUUGUAAACGACUUCUACGUCUUGCUUCAAUUGCUUGACUUUAAAUAAUUACAAAAAUGUCUGAAUCUCUUGCCGCUUUCCGAUCUGGGAGGAGUGAUGAGCUCCGGAAGCUUGCGGAAGAGCACUUCCAGCACGAUUUGAACGAUAAUGACCGCGACAUCCUGAGAACUGCCGGAAGCAAAGUCUCGACCCAUACAAGAGUAGGCUCCCUGUUAGGCCUUGGUUUCGGCAUCUUGUGCGCUUUCAGACUACGAAAGAUGCGAUUGGCCUACUUCAACGCCUUCAGAGCGAUGGAGAAGCCUGUCGAGGUCAAAUUUGCAGAUGGCCGUACCCAACCCAUCCCAGAUCUCACCGCCCAGCUCGCGCCUUCAAAAUGGGGUGAUGCUGCCACAUAUUUCUUCUUCUCCAUUGGAGGUUUGUUCCUAGGUGGUGAAACAGGCCUUCUCUCAGGUACUGCCUCAGCGUCACGCACUAUCACAAAGAAUCCCGAGGCCAAAGAACGGAUAGAGAAGGCAUGGAAGAACUAUCGCAUCGAUGCGAUGAAGCAGGAGAUUAAGAAACUGGAGGGAAAGUCAAAGUUUGAGCAGCUUUUCAGCUCAUGAGAAUAGACGGAUCCAGAUUGUAUUUUUGAGAAGCUUAGGUAACUAGGAUUGUCUAUGAUCGCCAAGACUGAAUCAAAGCGAAAGCACCAGAAUCACCAGUAAUCCCUAGAAUUACCAGAUAACCCUAAUAAUUACUCUAUAACUAACGUG